UGAGUGUAUGAAAUAAAUUCGUUCAGAUUUACUAUCAACGUUCAAAAUUCAGCGUUCCGUCUCCAUUGAAUUGAACGUUCGCGCAGUGACACUUGUACAAACGUCACUUCGAUUUCACUCGUGUUUUGUUUACGUUUUUUCCCGGAGCAUUCCGCAAAUUCAGAUAUUUUUUGCCUUUUUCAGUCUAUUUAGUGAAUUAUUACCGAAAAAUUUGGUUAUUUAACUGUUCAAAAUUGAAUGAAAAGUAGUAAACUCUUGAAACACAUUCAUUUCCAUCGAUUUGAUGGUGAAUUGGAGCUGGAACGGGAACGAUGAGCUCAAAAACGACCACCGAUAAAGAUGAUGACAGAUAUGAAACAGAGGAGUUCUACGUUUAUGUUGAUUUGGACACAAAGCUAUUGGACGAUCAACUAACAAAGUCGAAUGCGAAAAUCAAAUUUCUGGGCAUUGACACCGAAAAUCCGAUUAUGCAACUGAAUAAUCAACUGUUCAAAGGUGCCUACGAAUAUUCGAUGGGAACACAUUGCUUUUUCUCCGAGAGCAAGCGGCCGGGUGGUGUUGAAGAUGCAUGUUUCCAAGAGAUGCCAGCCAAAUUGUACGAUUACUUCGCCAAGACGGACAAAGUAUUGAGAAUGCAACGGAUUUUCGUCGAAGAAAAGGAGUCAGAGACUGAUUCCGAGCUGGCGGAGGGUGAAAUUGAAAAUUUGGAGCAUUUACACGUAUCGAAAACAUACAGUGAAGCGUUGAACCAGUUUUUGAAGCCCGGUGAAGAGCCGCCACGUGAAAUUCAAGACUCACCAGACAGCGAAGAAGAGGAACAAGAAGAAGAAACCAGAAUGGAAGUGGACCAAAUCUCUGAAGCACCAUCAUUAGAACCAUCGGAAGAAAGUGAAAAUACCAAACAAGCACGAAUCGAAAAAACCGUUCACGAAGAAUUCGAACGGCUCACCGAUCCCAAUUAUGAGUACAGUUAGCUCUCAAAUUUGAAGUGAAUAAUGAGUGAAAGUAAAGAAGAAACAGAAGA